CCAACGGUGUAUAAUUCUCUAAGCCCUUACGUCCUGUAUAUAUAUAUACCCAAAACCUUCCCAGAAAAUCCAGUCUGCAAAGAUAUACCAAAUCCAAAGCACCUUACUUUUUACGUUCAAAGGUCAAACUCGCACGCUCUCUCUCUAAACCCGACCCGGAUAUGGCAUUGAAACCGAAAGCCCAUCUGGGUCUGAUCCCAAUCCUCAUCUUCUUCAUCUCCAUCAACCCCAGACCUUCUCUUUCUCUCUCUGAGAGCCCUGCAACAGUGUUCGAGAUUUUACCCAAAUAUGGGCUCCCAAGUGGGCUUCUACCCGCGUCGGUUUCGAACUACACGUUGUCCGACGAUGGCCGAUUCGUCGUCGUUUUGGGGAAGCCGUGCUACGUGCAGUUCGAGUACUUGGUCUACUACGAGAAGACCAUAACUGGCAAGCUCACCUAUGGCGCGAUCACAGAGUUGAAAGGCAUUCAGGUCCAAAGGUUCUUGUUUUGGUUCGAUGUGGACGAAAUCAGAGUCGAUUUGCCGCCUUCUGAUAGCAUUUACUUCACUGUGGGCAUUAUUAACAAGAAGCUCGAUGUGGAUCAGUUCCAAAAUGUCCAUUCAUGCCGCAACGGGUUAUCGGGUUCUUGUCUCGGGUCGUUGAAACGGGGUAUCCAGCUUCCAUCUCCAGUGGAAGAUAUUGAGAUGCUAAUUACUGAGUAGGCACCACCAAGUGGUUUUGUUGUACGUUGUAGUGGCAGAGCAAAGGCUCUCCGAGUUAGUUCACACGUUCAGGCUCACAACCCAUUGAGUUUGGUUUUAGUAGAAUCAAGUUUGUUCUGUACUUACCGGACAUGUUCGGUGGUUGUAUUCCAUAAGGGAAUUUACCUGUGUUACUGUAACUGUGUAGUCUGUAACUGCUGUGUAAAGGAGUUAAUCUUGUAUAUUACGUUUGAUGUUAAAACUUGUAUUGUACCCAUUAACACCGAUGAAUGGUAAAAGGUGAUUUCGUCCA